CGGAUGUGACGUACACACAAGCGGAAACAACUGUGUCAAAAAGAAAGCGUAAGAAACGGAAUCACAAUGAACAGCCGAGGACUCCGCUCGCAGCUGCAGGACAGCGUCCCGGUGUCCGGGCUGUGUCCGCAGGGAGCCUACGGAGUGCAGGACUCCCUGCGCAGCGGGUUCACCAGUGUAAAGAAUGAACUUCUUCCCAGCCACCCGCUGGAGCUGUCAGAAAAAAAUUUCCAGCUCAACCAGGACAAGAUGAAUUUCUCCACACUGAGRAACAUCCAGGGUCUUCACGCUCCUCUCAAACUGCAGAUGGAGUUCAGAGCAGCGAGACAGGUCCAGCGUCUGCCUUUCUUACGGAGUUCCAACUUGGCUCUUGACACGCUGCGAGGGAGCGACGAGUCCAUCGGCUUCGAGGACAUCCUCAACGAUCCGUCUCAGAGUGAGGUGAUGGGUGAACCACACAUGAUGGUGGAGUACAAGCUGGGACUGUUGUGAAUGUAAACAUGAAUAUUUCUUAUUCCUGUGUUUAUUUGAUGCUUGGUUUAAUAAACAGAUGUUAGAAACUCGCUUUUUGAAGAGUUAUUGACUGUAAAAAAAUAAACAAACAGAUCAGAA